AUGAGUUCAUUGUAUUAUGCCAACGCUUUAUUUUCCAAAUAUCAAGCCGCAAGUUCGGUUUUCCCGUCCGGAGCGUUCCCCGAGCAAACUUCUUGCGCUUUCGCCUCCGGCGGCCAACGCGCGGGCUAUGGGGCCGCGUCCACGCCUCCCUUCGCCGCCUCCAUGCCCGGCCUCUACUCGGGGGGCAGCUCGGUGCACCCGCAGCCCCCCAGCGUGUACGCGCAGGGCUACGGGCUGGAGCCCGGCUCCUUCAGCGUGCCCUGCUCGGCCUUCGAGCAGAGCCUGCCCGUGAUGUGCGCGGGGGACGCGGCCAAGCCGGGCUGCGGCAAAGCGGAGCGCGGGGAGCCGGAGCUGCCCGGAGACAGCGGCAACUUCCGAAUCUACCCCUGGAUGCGGAGCGCAGGGACGGACAGAAAGCGCGGCCGCCAGACUUACACGCGGUACCAGACGCUGGAGCUGGAGAAGGAGUUCCACUACAACCGCUACCUGACCCGGCGGCGCCGCAUCGAGAUCGCGCACUCGCUGUGCCUGACCGAGCGCCAGAUCAAAAUCUGGUUCCAGAACCGCAGGAUGAAGUGGAAAAAGGAGAAUAAAAGCGCCGGGCCCGGCUCGGCGGGGCAGGAAAAGGCAGAGGCCGAGGAGGACGAGGAGGAGUGA